AGCGAAUCAAGACUUUGGAAAGAAGUUACAAUCCACAGUUAAGAUCAGGUCAGUGGAGCGUUAAAAAACAGCGCCUGACACCGACAGAGAAAGCAGCGGCCACGGAGUGCGCAGGAGUUGCUGACUAUGGAAAUGAACAGCAAAAAGAAGGUGACAGAUGAUAACUCCUGCAAAGAAAAACUUAAAGACAGUGGCCAGAUGCACUGCCCAUCCAAACUCAGAGGCUGCAGCUGGCGUGUGGCUGUGGUGGCCAUGAUGGCGAACCUGAGCGGGCUGAUGUUGGGCUAUGAAAUGGGCCUGACCUCAGGGGUGCUGCUACAGCUGCGAGGCAUCCUCUCUCUGUCCUGUCAGGAGCAGGAGGUGCUGGUCAGUGCGCAUGUGUUUGGGGCCCUCUUCAUCUGUCUGGCUGGAGGUCCCAUCUUGGAUCGAUAUGGCCGUCGCUGCUCUCUACUCCUGAGUGCCACCCUGGUGGUGGUGGGCACUUUUGUUCUCAUCUCCAUCACCUCUCUGGUAUCUCUGGCCCUGGGUCGUGUAAUAGUGGGCAUGGGCACGUGUCUGUCUGGGACUGCAGCGUGUCUGUACAUAGCGGAGAUCUCUCCCAGAGAGAGGCGUGGCUUGCUGAUCACAAUGUAUGAGUUCAUGUUGGUGCUGGGAAUGAUGCUGGGCUUCACCUGCAGUUAUGCCUUUGCUGCUGUGCCUCACGGCUGGACUUUUACUUUUGGACUCGUCAUUCCACCGGCAUUGCUGCAGUUUGGGGCAUUCCUGUUUCUCCCACCCAGCCCUCGAUUCCUGGUUGCCCAGGGCAAUGUGGAGCAGGCUAGGCUUGUGCUGCAGAAGAUGAGAGGAGGAAUGUACGAGGACACAAAAAUGGAACUGCGGGACAUUCAGGCAGGACUGAAGGAGGAGUCCGAACACAGUUUCAGAGAGUUAUUUAGCUCCAAAGCUAACCUGAGAGCGCGACUACUAACAGGUGUAGCUUUAGUGUUCCUGCAGCAGGCCACAGGGCAGCCUAACAUCCUUUCCUAUGCCUCUCCACUACUACGCAGCAUGGGCUUCACCAGUGACAAUGCAGCCACUCUAGCCUCCACAGGCUUUGGAGUGGUUAAAGUGGUAGGGACCAUCCCAGCCGUGUUGCUGGUAGACCGCUUGGGGCCCAAGAGCUUCCUGUGUGUGGGUGCUGUGGUCAUGGGGCUGUCUCUGGCCACUCUGGGGACAUUAACACUGCAGAGCCAAACCCACCUCACCAGCCUGUGUAAGAGCCAGACACUGGACAACAAUACACUCCAAGCAUGGGACCUUAGCUGGAACAACACACAAAUAGACAAUCAAACCUUUUAUUUCAAAACUUCUCCAAGCCCGUGGAACACAGAGGAGAUUCAGAGGACUCUCAAACACGACAAUCAAAGUGCACUGGAUGAAGGAACUCACAGUGUGUCAUCCUCUCUCAAAUGGGCCUCACUUAUCACAUUACUGGUCUAUGUGGCAAGUUUCUCCUUCAGCCUUGGCCCAAUGGUGUAUGUGGUGACCAGUGAAAUCUUUCCAAUGGGAGUCCGGGGCAGGGCUGCAUCUGUGGUGGGGGCAGUGAACUGGGCCACCAAUCUGCUCAUCUCCAUGACCUUUCUGACCAUAACAGAAAGGGUGGGGCUUCCCAGUAUGUUAUUCCUGUAUGCGGGGAUGUGCUUCGUUUUGUUGGUGUUCGUCAUUCUCUGCAUCCCAGAGACCAAAGGGCGCACUCUGGAGGAGAUCUCGAAGGAUCUGGCUAAAAAAAACCACUUUCAGGUGACAUGGUGCACAAAGAAACAGACUUUGUAGUGUCUGAUGAGCGGCACUGCUCAGGGAUGUUUGAGCUGAGCCCACAGUGAAGAGCUCAACAAUAAUGUGAAACAAAUAUUCAGGGUCCACUCUCUGACGUGCUGAAGCUGUUGCCCUGUGCUUUGGGUUAUACAGUUAUUAAGUGUUUCUGGGAGACUGGCUAUGUUUACAUGCACGCACAUUUCCAGAGUUGUCCGUUCAUUAAAAUGACAUGUAAACAGCAAAAUCUGAUGUGAGUAAUCUAAUUUCUUUCUGAUCAUGGCCCCUCAGAUUACUCGCAUCAGAUUUUGCUGUUUACAUUACAUUUUAAUAAUAUGACACCAGAAAACUCAAUCAUAUUUUUUGUGCACGUAAACGUAGCCACUGCUCAGUUAUUAAAAAACUCUCUGCUGCAGAAUGAAGAUGAACCCAUGGCCAGUUUUCUACAUACAUUGUAUUGCAUAACUAAUAAGUAGGAAUUUGGUUCACAUUUAUGUUACUAUUUCUUUGUAGCAUUCCAUCUCCAUAGCAGUGCUAUUUUCUGCAUUUUCAGACAAAUGCCAAUCUGAAUUUGCAACCAAGGAAAUGUCAAUAGCACUGUUUUUAGUUUUAGUUUUAUUUAAUUUUUUAAAACAAUGCCAGCUUGUAUAAAUACCCAUGCUUUACCUGUGGAAUGACACAUAUGAAA